AUGUCGCUAACUACUGCUCCUGAAGAACUGGGCUUGCAACAUGCUCCAGAGUCCACAGCUCAGCACAACACAGAAAUUAUCUCUUCUUGCUCAGACACACAAAACUACCGUGACCAACAACACACAACUUCAUUGACCGACCAGACGAACCUCCUUCCCUUUAAAAAGAUUAUCGUAUGCUUCCUUGGUCUAGCUCUCUGCAUUGUAGUCUCGACACUGGACUCAGUCAUAGUUGCCACCGCUAUACCCACGAUAUCUGCUGCAUUCGACGCUGGCUCCAUCGUCUCAUGGGUCCCUUCCGCAUACCUGCUGACAUCCACAAGCUUCCAACCCUUGUACGGCCGUCUGAGCGACAUUUUUGGGCGAAAAGCAGCGAUCUCCGUAGCUAUGCUCGUGUUCAUGCUUGGAAAUCUUCUUGCUGGAUUCUCGCGGACUAUUAUACAACUGAUCGUGUUUCGCGGGAUAGCAGGUGCUGGAGGAGGUGGAAUCAUUAGCAUGGCACAAAUUGUUAUUUCUGAUAUUGUAAGCCUGCGGGAUAGGGGCAAGUACCAAGGAAUCAUAGGUGUCGUCAUUGCCCUAGGCUACGCCGUUGGACCUCUAAUCGGAGGUUCUUUGGCACAAAACGUUAGUUGGAGGUGGUGCUUUUGGAUUUGUAUCCCCGUUUCUGGGUGCGCGAUGGCGGUUGUCAUAUUUAUAUUACCUUUAAAACCAGUUAAAGGGAAUAUGACGGGAAAGCUUCUUUCAGUGGACUUUUUCGGUGCUGUUCUAACUUUGGUCGGGUGCACUCUCGUGAUUUUGCCCCUUAUUUGGGGUGGUGUAACCUUUCCUUGGGGAUCUGCAGUUGUUCUUGCUCCCUUGCUUUCUGGGUGUUUGGUGGUUGUAUUAUUUUGCAUCUGGGAAUGGAAGGGAGCGCGGCUACCCAUUGUUCCCAUGUAUAUCUUUAAGCAUGCUACUGUUACGGGAGUAUACAUUACUAUGUUCGUGAAUGGAUUUGUUUUCUUCUCUUCGCUAUAUUACCUGCCUCAGUACUUCCAAGUUGUUUUGGGGUACGACCCGGUUGGCGCAGGAGUUUUCCUAAUCCCAGUACUCGUUAGCCAAAUGGUUCUUAGCUGGAUUGCCGGGGUCAUUGUAAGCCGCACAGGCCGCUAUAGAUCUAUUAUUCACUCUGGCUUUGCCAUCUGGUCCAUUUCCUGUGGCUUGACAUCGACCCUAACACCUCAUUCACAUAAAGCUGAGAUUGUGAUCUUCAUGCUUCUUGCAGGAAGUGGCGCUGGUCAGACAUUGCAAACUACAACCGUUGCUGCUCAAGCUAGUGUGUCUCGACGCGACAUGUCUGUGGUGACAGCUUUUCGCAACUUUAUUCGUCUGUUGGGAGGAACUCUGGCUCUUGCCUUGGGAUCGACUAUUUUGAACAAUUCCCUGCGUUCAGCAAUGUCUUCACUUGAGUACCCCAGCGUGCUCACAUCCAGAAUCGUCGACAACCCUGCCUUACUUUCUACACCUACUGCACUUGACAUAUCGGCCUCUGAUGCAAGCUUCAUCCUGAAUGCGGGAUACACAAAGGGAUUUCGCACAGUUUUCAUCCUAAACGCGGCGUUGACGGCUGUAGCAACGAUUGCCAGUAUAACUCUAAUUAAGCAUAAGGAUUUGAACAGGGGAGACGAGAACAAUUUAAAGGCUGCGACAUCGGAAGUAAACAAAGGCGAGGAUGAGAUGAAGAUGUACCCAAAAGUGACUUCCAACCUGGCAAAAGUCGGCAUGGCGGGAGAUAAGGAGGUAUAA